GGCUUGCUAUAAAAGCUACCAUCCGACACCGGGAAAAGCAUAGUCAGAAUCUAGCCAACCAACAGCGCAGACCUUCUUCUCAUUUUUAAAAACCCACAACAAUCUACUUAACUCCACAUACAAAAUGCUGAAGUUGGUGGUGCUGUCCGCUGUCCUGGCCGUCGUUGCCGCCCGUCCCGGUGCCCUCACGUACUCGGCACCGCUGGCGUACGCACCGGCCACCCUCAUUGCCAAGCCGGAGAUCUACUACCAGAAGAGCAUCAUCGAGGAACCGACCGUGGCGCACGUCGGCAGCCUGGUCAAGACGAUCCCGACGGCCGUGUCGCACCAGAGCUCGACCGUCGUGCACAACUCGGCCAAGAUCACCGAGCCGAUCUAUGCGCCGGCCGUGAAGCAGACGCUGGUGUCGACGCCGAUCGCCAAGACGACCUACUUUGCUGCCCCGGCGGCUUACGCCUAUGCUGAACCCGCGUUGGCCUAUCACGAUGCGUACGCGUACCAUCAUCUACUUGCCCUGGUGGCCUUCGCGGCGAGCGCUUCGGGACAGGACGCGUCCAGCGAAGCCAGUACUGUGUCUCCCCAAGCUAUCUUCGAUCUCUCCGAGGAUGACUUUAAACUCUGGAUCUCCGGACGGCAACCAAAGGCCUGGGAAGGAGAAGCUUCUCCAAGCGGCACUACAACAACCCCAGCAAGCACUCCGAGAACGACAACGCCUGCGUCCGUUUUCCGAACGACAUCCACCUCGACGACACCUGCUCCACCAAGCUUCCUGACCACCACGACCUCCACCACCGCCAGCCCCUUUGAUAGUUUCCCUCCGUCCGAUGGAAAGUCCUGGUUUGAGGAGGAGGAAGGCGACACGGCGACACCCCGCCCGGACGUGCUCGGCGAACAGUUCAAACCGGCCGGCGAAGACUUUGCCCAGUGGCUCGAGCGUCAGAUGAACCGUGUGCAGGAGGUGACGUUCGUUCCACAGACGACCUUGACGGGGGAUCAGCUGCCGGGAGCAGGGCUCGUCACCCGUUUGACAACCAACCGAAACCGGAUUCCCGCUACCACCUUCCAGCCGGUGACGGAUUACGUCCCAGUAACCACAACCCCACCGCCACCACCACCAUCGUCUCCAUCUGCACAUCAAACCUCUGCUCCCGCCUAUCUUCCGGUAGAGCAGGUGACCCAUGCUCCUGCAGCCACGAUCCCUGCCCCACUCGACCUGCACCAGUGGCUUCGCGAUCAGCUGCAAACUUCUCAGCGGCUGACGAAUAAUCUGCUUGCUCAGUGGACACCCGGUGGUGCGAUGGUUAGGUCAGAUGGUCAUCACUACACGCCGAACGCUGUAUCCUACCAGUCUUCGGCCCUCAUUCACGGACUUCAGGGUGUGUCCCACAGUGGGCAUUCCGAAAAGCACAGUCAGCGUUCAAUCGUUCAAGCAACCUCAACUCGGCAAACAACACAGACCUUUCGUGUGUCCCAUCUCGUUGUGACAGAACAGAAAAACAGUCCCACAAUUCUAUUCAAAAUGUUCCGAUUGGUGGUGUUGUCCGUUGUUCUCGCCGUUGCCGCUGCCGCUCCCGGUGCCCACCUGGUGCACUCGAGCCCGCUCGCCUACUCGACCGUGGUUGCUGCUGCGCCCGCCAUCGUCGCCCAGAAGGAGAUCUCGUACCAGAAGAGCAUCGUGGAGGAGCCGACCGUGGCGCACGUUGGCACGAUCGAGAAGUCCGUCCCGACUGGCUACUCGCACCAGAGCUUCACCCAGUAUCACAACAAGCAGGUCGCUGAGCCCGUGUUCGCCCCGGCCGUGAAGAAGACCGUCGUGUCGACGCCGGUCGAGAAGACGACCUACGUCCAGGCUGCUCCGGCUGUGUAUGCUGCCCCGGUCCAGACCGUCUACGCUGCUGCCCCAGUUGCCAAGACUUACGCUUAUGCUGCUCCGGUGGAGAAGACCUACGCUUAUGCUGCUCCAGUUGCCAAGACCUACACGUAUGCUGCUGCCCCGGCUGCCAUCUCGUACGAGGCUGCUCCCGUCGCCUAUGCCGCUCCCCUGAAGACGUCCUACGUCAGCAGCUACCCGUCGGUGUACGCUGCCCCGGCCGUCUAUGCUCACGAUUACUAAGCAACCCUGACUGUGUGUUCUAAUCGAUCCCUUCCCCAUGCGUGCGUUCGUGCAAGCGAGAACUUUAUUUUUCUCUUGUUCAAACGUUUUUUCGGACUGUUUUUUUUAAUUGAAAGAUGAGGAAAAUAAAUUAAACCUUUAAAAAACUGAA